UUCAAGCCGCGCAGAUCUGCCAUGAGCUACUACUACUCGUCUGCCUCGGAGGAGGACGGCAGUUCCCAAUACCUGGGCAGUCCCAACUAUAACCUGACCCAGUUACCCAUUUCUACGCAGGAUUAUGGACAAUCGGCUUUGUUAUCACCGGAAUGGCAAUUCCUAGAUACCGCAGGCGGAACUCAACCAGAAAUGGCUCCAGUCCUGGAACUACCAACCCAGCCCAGUCAACAGCAGAACAAACGACGGAGUAACAGCUCCACAGGAUCGGAGGGCAAGAAAAGCAGUCCCGAUCUGACCAAUCUCAGUCCAACGGUCCAGAAACGAAGACGACAGGCUGCCAAUGCCAGGGAAAGGAAGCGCAUGAAUGGUCUUAAUGAAGCUUUCGAUCGACUGAGGGAAGUAGUGCCUGCUCCCUCCAUCGACCAAAAGUUGUCCAAGUUCGAAACUCUCCAGAUGGCCCAGUCCUACAUCCUGGCACUAUGCGAUCUCCUUAACAACGGAGAUGUGGAGGUAGAUGCCUCAGCCUACACAAUAUUCAGUGGCAGUGAAAGCAGCUUUGGGUUAACCGGAGGAUCCUUAUCAUAGAUGGAUACUGCAAAACAUUCUCUCUUAGACUUAAGAUAUGUGAUUUUCUUCUUACUGUAGAAUAGGGAUUAAAAAGAAAUAAA